GGCGGGUGGCUUACAUUAGAGGUGAUAUGGCUGCACUGGUGGAGCCUCUGGGGCUGGAGCGGGACGUGUCCCGGGCUGUGGAGCUGCUGGAGCGGCUGCAGCGCAGCGGAGAGCUGCCCCCGCAGAAGCUGCAGGCCCUGCAGCGGGUCCUGCAGAGCCGCUUCUGCUCUGCCAUCCGCGAGGUGUAUGAACAGCUCUAUGACACGCUGGACAUCACUGGCAGCGCCGAGGUGCGGGCUCAUGCCACAGCCAAGGCCACAGUGGCUGCUUUCACGGCCAGUGAGGGCCAUGCACAUCCCAGGGUCGUGGAACUACCGAAGACUGAUGAGGGUUUGGGCUUCAACAUCAUGGGUGGCAAGGAGCAGAACUCACCCAUCUAUAUCUCUCGAGUCAUCCCUGGGGGCGUGGCUGAUCGCCAUGGUGGCCUCAAGAGGGGAGACCAGCUGCUGUCUGUGAAUGGUGUGAGUGUGGAAGGCGAACACCAUGAAAAGGCGGUGGAACUCCUGAAGGCUGCACAGGGCUCAGUGAAACUGGUGGUGCGCUACACUCCUCGGGUGCUGGAGGAGAUGGAAGCCCGCUUUGAGAAGAUGCGAUCUGCCCGUCGGCGCCAGCAGCACCACAGCUACACGUCCUUGGAGUCUCGAGGCUGAAAUCACAGACCAGGACCCUCCUCCUCCUCCCCUGUACAGUAUUAUUUAUUGUCACUGGCUCCUUAUUUAAAGAUCUUUAACCCUCA